AUGACACAUUUAGAAAGAAGUAGACAUCAACAAUUUCCCUUUCAUUUAGUAGCUCCAUCACCAUGACCAAUUGUAGUAUCAUUUGCAUUAAUGUCAUUAGCAUUAUCAUUAGCUUUAACUAUGCAUGGAUAUAUUGGACAUAUGUAUUUAAUUUAUUUAUCAAUUUUAACAGUAACAUUAAGUGCUACAUUAUGAUUUAGAGAUAUUAUUGCUGAAGCAACAUAUUUAGGAGAUCAUACAAUUGCUGUUAGAAAAGGUAUUAAUUUAGGUUUCUUAUUAUUCGUAGUAUCAGAAAUUUUAAUUUUCGCUGCAUUAUUCUGAGCUUAUUUCCAUUCAGCUAUGAGCCCUAAUAUUGAAUUAGGUGGUGUAUGACCUCCAGUUGGUAUUCAAGCUGUACAACCUACAGAAUUACCUUUAUUAAAUACUAUUAUCUUAUUAUCUUCAGGUGCUACUAUUACAUAUAGUCAUCAUGGAUUAGUAGGUGGUAAUAGAAAAAAUGCAUUAUCAGGAUUAUUAAUUACAUUCUGAUUAAUUGUUAUUUUUGUUACUUGUCAAUAUAUCGAAUAUACUAAUGCUACUUUCACAAUUACUGAUGGUGUAUAUGGAUCAGUAUUCUAUGCUGGUACAGGAUUACAUUUCUUACAUAUGGUUAUGUUAGCAGCAAUGUUAGGUAUUAAUUAUUGAAGAUUAAGAAACUAUCAUUUAACAGCUACUCAUCAUGUAGGUUAUGAAACAACAGUGUUGUACUGCCAUAUUUUAGAUAUCAUUUGAUUAUUCUUAUAUAUUGUAUUCUACUGAUGAGGUGUAUAA